AUGGAUCCAUGGCGGAAGAAGACGUUAGUGGUAAUCACAAUAUGUAUUCUGCUGCUAAUCGCCGCAGCCAUUAUGCUCGGAAUCGGCAUCCACAAGGCGAAGCAGAACAAAGAAAACUACGACGAGUGUAAGAAGGAGUGCGCGAAUGCAACCAUCCAUACUGUCGGCAGCGUUCUGCACUUUUCCAUCGACCCGGGCGUACCGUGGAAUGACUCGUACAGUAAACCCGAUGACCCGGCUACGGUGGCCGUGAUUUCGGAGUUUCAGCAGAAUAUAUCCUCGAUGCUGGGAUCGAAUUCUUUUGCGAUCCAAGAAUUUCGGAUUAUUCUGCAAUUCUCGACUUUGGCACUGAAUUCAAGAAUUUUGGCCGUGUCACCGGAUUAUUUGGUUCCAAACCUGCAGCACGACACCCAAUUCUACGGGACCCUCGUUUUUUCGUCAAAAGUCAGCGCUGAAGAUGUACAGGCGGCCUUGAGGACAAAGUAUACCACCGCUACCGUAGCAGAAUCAUCUCAUGUUUAUUGCCAAGCUCUGAUCGACCAGCCGACUCCAGUGCCGCCGCCUUUGGGAGACUACCCCUGCGAUCCGCGCUCACCCUCACGAACGGUUAUCGUAAUGGUGGAUGUCGCCACACCGAUGGAUCCGACGGUUUCGAGUAAAGAUAAACUGACAGCGGUCCAAUCCUACCUGAAAUCACUUUCCCCACCGGCUGGCACGGAUUGGGAAGCGCUAGAGAUGGGCAUCGGCGUCUAUGAGGGCAGCAACGCGUACUUGUUGAAUAAUUGGCGAAGUAAUAGCCAGGCAGAAUGGGAUGCAGCCAUCGCCCAAGUAAUGCUGAAUGAGACCUCGGAAAGCCACAACGUCACUAGAGCUUUCGAAUUUGUUCGCGAUGAGUUUUCCAACCCCAACCUACAACUCAAAGUCGGAACCGCGAGAUCGCUGAUCAUACUGGCCGAUGGAUUUGAAUACGACAAUGGAUUUGGGGAAAAUCGGAGUCGAGUACUUGCCGAGGUCGUUGCCCAAACCUUCUAUACGUCAACGGUGCUCGUCAGUAACUCGCGCGACAUCCGAUCCGUAUUUACCUCGAUUUUACCAUCUGGUUACAAGUUUAUCAACAUUGACUAUUGGUACCAGUUGGGGAUGGACGAUAUCAGGACGAGGAGUUUGUGGUGGAUAUGCUUGUCUCUUCCUCUGACCACACCACCACCAACCCUCAUUCCGCUGACAGAGAACCCGAUCACCGUACUGACGACGCCACAUCACCGGCCCACAGUACCCCCCACCCCACCGGGACCUCCAGAUUUACCGGAAGCUUGCGAUGGGCUUCAAGUGCUUUUCCUCAUCGACAUGUCGCAGAGUAUUGAUGACAAAUUCGGGAACAUCAUCACUUUCAUCCAAUCCUUCAUGGCCCAAACGGAACGCGCUAACCAUACAAAAUUCGGCUAUAUUUCGUUCAACCAAGUCAUCCACGACAAUUCUGGCACGCUCCGGGAUCCCGAUGAUUUCUUGGUGUAUUUGAAUUCGACGAAAUACAUCAAUGGAAAUACAUAUUAUACUGUCGGCUUUGAUGCGAUGAGCUCGUUCAGCCAAUUUUUCAAUCCGAAUGCCAGCCGAGUUGUGGUAUUUGUGACUUCUGAAAAUGCGAUUGACAUCAGCGCGGCAAAUAUCGCAAAAAUGGGAAAAAUCGUUCAAGAUAUGCGAGAUGGAGGUGUUCAAUUCAUUACCACCCUGACGUAUCCUACCGCCGACAAAGUGGUGGUCCUCAAUCAAAUUCUGCAAUACGGGAGCCCGGCCGACACCAAUAGUGCAAAAGUCAUCCAGACUACAAACUACGACACGUUGGUGCCGAUGGCCUUCCAGGUUGCACGAGCCUUGGCUUGUCGACGUGACGCGAGCAAAAAAUGCGCAGUCGAUGUGGUUUGGCUGGUCGAAGAUUCGGAGGUUGUUGUCAACGUCAAGGGGCAAGAAUACGCCCGCGGUGCCAUUUUGGCCUACAUCGAGGCCACUAGGAAAUCAAUGGGACGCUUUGGGGAUCGGAUGGGCCUGGGCUACUACUCGAAUCCGGAUAAUCGGCCCCACACCGAGCACGAUCGUUCCGGGAUUGCUUUGUAUUUGGAUGACCCAAGGUCUUUUGACCCAGACGCGGCUGCUGCCCUCGUCAAAUACACAAUUCCCGAGGAUCCGUGGGGCGUCUACAGUGACAUUGCACUUGGCCUUGAAUUUGCCGAAAAGAUCUUCGGAACCUCCCCAACGAGCAACGCCCAAGUGAUCUUCAUUUUUGGCAGAGGAACCUUUACGCAACCCGGGCAGGACUGCUGCGACGAUCCGUUUAAUAUCUCGUCUACACUUUUGGAGAGUGGUGUAUUGAUGAAAGCUGCCGUCAUCGGAACCGGCAAAAACGAAACAAUUAUGUCGAUGAUCACGGGACAACCAAAUUUUGAAGUCCCUGGAUUCACCCGCAGCGAUGCUGAACAAAUCGGAGCGCUGCUGGUCGACCAGUUGCUUGAGUUUAGGCAACAAGCCGUCGAACAGGGGAACUGUAUGCAGCCGGAAUUGAAGAAUUUCUGCCAAGAAAAGUCGGAUAUAGUGCUGAUAAUUCAUAUUCCCCCGACCGGGCAGGAGGAACUGUUUUAUGCCGUGAAAAAUUAUACGAUUGCCACGUUGCUUGAGGCUUUCAAGGGAAUGGAUUACGGUGGAACGGAUAAGCUCACAAGAAUGGCCAUCCUCACCUAUUAUGGCGAUACCGUAACGGUGGUUCAAGGUCUUCGCGCCAGCUACAACCUAACUACCGUCAUAAUGGCCGUGGAAAAGAUUGAAUUUGUGAACAACGACGCGGAAUUCAGCAAUUUGAGCCUGGCUUACGAAGAGGCCUGGAAACAAUUCAACACGUCUGGUAAAUCCUACGCUUCUUGGUCGACAAUUGCCAUUACUGAAAUGUUGGACGAAUUCGACGAGGAAGCAGCGCUCAACAUUACGGGCCCAAUGGUCGAGGCGGGUAUCUACAACUUUGGGCUUGGUACCAGCGAGAAUGCGUCAUAUUUCUGGGGCAUGGAAAAUAUUUGGAACAAGUAUACGCUAAUCGGUGAGGAGGAUUUAAUGGGACCCGAUGGAGUGCCAGCUGUUUAUACAGCAAAUCAGCUUCGGGAUUUUGUUUGUGACCAUUAUCCGGGUGAAGGAAAAUCGACGCUUCCCCCAACGACGACACCAAACGGUCCAACUACCCAGCCAGGAUUCCUACCGCAGGGCAUCCCCCCCGAGCAAAAUUGGCCGGACCUGGCGAUCGUAAUAGAUACCUCUACCGAUCCGGGCCUUCACAAACUCUUCGGCAUCGCCGGUGCCGACGCAGAAAAUUCUGCGCUUAACGACAAGGGCUUUGAAGUGCUACGUCUUUUCCUGCUAAACACGCUUCGAAACUUCAAAUUUGACGCUGGGCCGGCGAUGACGCACGUGGCCCUGUUGACUUUUGAUGGAACGGCUACGACCCUGUUCAACUUCACCGCCCACUCGAGCUGGGAAUCGAUUUACGAGGCGUUGACGAUAAAUCUGCAAUACGGACCUUCGGAUAAUCAUGUGCCGACGAAGGAUAUCGAUCAAGCCAUCCAAAUGCUCUCCGACCACAUCUACCAACCCCUGGCCGGCUACCAAACUGGCAAGCCAAACUAUUUGUGGAUUUUUACCACCGGAGAGCAAAAUUUGCAUACCAACAACGGGCAGUACAAGAAUACACUGCUGACGCUGGCCCAGGGUGGUGUGAACAUCUUCACGAUUGGUCUGGGUGCUGUGAACGACACGUUCCUAGCAACAAUGUCUACCGGAUACCGGGCGUUCUUUGCAAUCGGCAAAGACUUUUCUCGAUUUGGCCUCGUCGUUUUCGAUUCGACUGGGGUCUUGCCACAAUCAAAAGUGAUGAACGAUCAGUUCGACAAGGCGGUCCUCGUCGACAACAUUAACAAGAUUCAACCGGUGAACCGAGCGUUGAAGACGGCGAAGUAUGACGAUGCCAUUGCCUAUAUCAACGCCACCAUUAGCGACCAGGCGAAUGGAAAACGCAAUACUGCGCCGAGUUUUACGAUUUUCCUAACAGCAAAUAAUGACUGCAACUACGUCAUUCCAAUCGGCUCGACGAACUUGACGUACUUUAACCAGGACGUCUACACGGUUAUGGUGCUUGGACUGGACAAUACCACGCUUCCCAAUUUCACCAAAACUCUAGCGACAGAGGAUCGAUUCGCCUACCACGUCGGCGAGCAGCUUUUGGACUGGAAUAUCCCGGUCAAUGGCGAGCAGACGCCGAUCGUCACGUUUUUCUCGGAUUUCCAACUUGCAAAUCUGAAUCAAAUCCGUGCCGGCAACGUCACUACCCAGGACAUGGAUGCAGAUUUCACGCUUGUCUUCGACUUUGCGAACAUGGAUGAUAAUUCUUUUGAUUUGGUCACCAACUACCUCAUGUCCUUCAUCGAAAAGUUCUCGAUCGGUGUCUUUGAUGUCCAAAUUUCUGGCGUCGCUUUCGGCCAGGAGAUCCUCUACGAAUUCCCUUUCAAAGACUGCAAUACGAAGGACUGUAUUAAGGGCAAGAUCGGAAACUGGACACUCCAAAACGGAUCGAACUCGAGCCUAUUGACAACGGUACUUGAUUACGUGGCUCAAAAGCAGCUCACCAUUUCGGAUGGUUGGCGUCAAUCGAAGAGCUAUUUGAUGGUGUUCUCCGCGCAGGAUAAAAGCUCCUGGAAUCUCGAAACGAUGAGACAAGUCCGGGCGACCCUCCAACAGAAAGAUGCCGUGACCACCUACGUCGACCUGUCGAACGGCUCCCUUGCGGAUGCGUACAAGAACCUUUUUGAUUUUUAUGAAAGCGCGAGCCCGGUGGUGCUGACCAACGAUUCGACUGUUGAUCAGAACAUUGUGGCGAAGGUUACGACAGACUACAAAGCCUAUCGUUAUCCGGCGCCGGUCCAAUUAAACGAAAUCAUUGCCGAUUUGGCGUUUGUGGUGAAAAUACUUCUCAAAUUCUUGGUGUCUGGAUUAUCGAUUGAUCGGGAUUUGGCAAGAGUCGCCGUGAUCAUCUACAAUGGUGAUGGCGUCCAGGAUCGCUUCUAUUUCAACACCUACCACAGCGCCAGCGCUCUUACGACAGCCAUCGAUGCCCUACAACAACCAAGAGCUACUAACAACACCAACACCCAUCUUGGGCAAGCUUUGGUUACAUUGGACAACGAGAUAUUCAACAUUACGAGCGGGUACCGGGGCAACCAGAGCUUUGCCACGUUCUUCAGCCUGAACCCGAGGCUUACCAAGACUCUCGACAACUACGCAGACAUCAUCACGAGCCUGCAAAGCCGUUUGUACCUGAGCUUCUACGGUUUUGACUUGGCUGACCGGACACAGGACCCGUUGGAUGACGUGUAUAACAAUUUAAGGGCGGUAAUCCCAACAAUCAUGGCUGCUACGCAAAUCGUGCGUACAAAAACUUUGGCGCCUGAUGCUAGCGUGAUCGCUGGAGGAAAUGGAUAUAUCAACUAUCUCUUGAACGUAUGGUCCUCUUACCAAUUCCAGCCAACCCCAGUCACGACGUUGCGGCCCAAUUAUUCGACCGCCUCCACUACCACCAUACCUACAACCACGAUACCUCCUUCUGAUCAAUUCAAGAGCGUCAUACCACUAGAUCGCAUUAAAACUGACGUGCUUUUCGUCUUUGACGCAUCCCUCGGCAAUAACACACAACUCAUAUCCGAACUUUCGCUAUUUGCCAGCGAAUUUUUGAUAUCGCACGAUCUGGCCUCGCAGUGGGCUGCUACAUGGUGGGACGGAAUUACCUGGGACGUGAGCCACAAUGGCUUCCAAUUCAACGGGAUCACGGAAUACGAACUCCAAUUGCAAAGUAAUAUUGACACGACGACACCGGUAGCAGCUGCUGAUGUGAAGCUUGAUGUUAUAUUCGUGAUUGACACUGGCGAAAUGAGCUCAGCAACUUUCCAGAAUACCAAGACCUUCAUCAGCAAUUUUGUGCAAUCGUACACCCUGUCGGCAGAUCGCGGCGGGACCCAGUUUGCCGUGGCGAGUUAUGGAGCAGGCAUCGCCCAGGAUUCGUUUUCGUUCUUGCGGAGCCAAGAUGCCAACGAUCUCGCCAAUGCCAUUGCCGGACUCCAAUACAAUGGAGACGCGGGCGGAACGCUGAAUUUCAAAAACUUAAUUACCGCUCUGGCCGAGUUGACCCUCGAUGAAACCCUUGGUCACCCAAUUUACAAACCGGUGGCGGUCGUGGUUUUUGGGAGCAGAGGCGAUUACGCCAUGGACCCAAUCGUCAACCAGUAUCGAACGCAAUUUCCUACUUUUGCGAUGGACGUUGGAGCUUCGAAUGCUAUUAAAUGGAUCUCGUAUCUGGCUGAACCGGAAAAUGUGGUGCGAGUACCGGAAGGGAACUAUAAUUUGGUCGCCAAUCUGAGGACACGCCUUCAGGCAUUCUUGUCGAGGGCGUAUCUAAAUGGAAUCUCAACACUGCCCUUGCCUUCUUCAACAGUUACCGCAGAUGUCCUUUUCAUUAUUGACUACACCACAGCGCUCACGGACCUUCAGCCGGUGAAUCAAUUGAUCACAAAUAUGAUCGACACCUACGAUUUUGAGCUGACCAAAUUCGGUUUACUUUACGUCGACUCCGAGGUCCAAGAGGAAAUACCCUUCAAUAAGUACCGUACGGCGAACCAACUCAAAAAGGCGUUGAUCACGACACUAGACCCUGACCGUGGCGAUAAAUUGGACCUGGAAUAUGCCUUUUUCUACGCGGCCAACAACCUCACCUCCUCUGGUUUCCGGGACGGAGCCCUGGUUGUUGUGACGAUUGGUUCUUCAACACAAGCUAAUGCAAACUGUGGGGAUCUGAGCAUGCUACCAGAACAAGCCGUGUUUUUUGCUGUCUCGACAAAGGCGCAGAGUCUCGACUGGCUCCUAUGUGCGGCUUCCGGAAGCGGGAAUUUCACCGUUUUGCCAGGAAAUUUGAAUACCAUGGCAGGACAGGCAGUUCAAGGACCGGGAUUGGCCCAGGCAAUGCUGCAAAACGCACUGGCUACCGCAUCCAAAAUUCAAAUCAACAAGCGUGAACCGGUGCCCAAGAAUCCGUUAGCAAACGCGAAGGCGAAAGAUGUGUACAUCGUCGUCGACCGCUCUUACUUUGCAUACGAUUUGGACAAAGUUGUGUUUGACUAUUUCGUGCCCAACUUCUGGACCGGAUAUGAGACCACGAACGCCGGGAUUUUUACGGAAGCCGGAGGGGCCAUGUUUGCUACGGAAGCCCAAUUCAGGAAUGCCUACUAUGGGAAUGGCGUGACGAAUCGGAUGGAUUUUGAUAUGGUGAAAGCAUUUGGCUACGUCUCGGACUUGAUCCAACAACAAGCUCCAAUGUAUCCGCGGGCCCAAAUGGUUAUCUUCAUCAUGGCAUCACCAAAAUUCACCCAGAUUCCCGAUGAAUUUGUCGAUCUGCUAAAGGCUCACUGCUCUGUGUUCGGGAUCAGCUUGCAACAGAACCCGGCGCAUAUGGCUGAAUUUGUACGGCUUGGCGCGCAGGUGUUCAGCACCUUCCAGCCGCUGAUCAUGGCUGAUACGGUUGCGACGGAUGCGUAUAGCACGACUUUGGAUCCAGCGAUGGGCAGCUUCUCGGCCGCCCUUGCCCCAAAGCAACCGAUUUUCCCAACGACCCGCGUUGACGCCGACUGGGUCUUCGUCAUCCAAGUCUAUAGCAACUCAAUGGCCUCGGAAUUGACUACGGCAAUCAAUUUCAUGACAAGCAUGGCGCAGCAGUUGACGAUUUUGCCGGGACACGCGAGGAUCGGCGUCCUUGUUCAAGGGGGUGCAAAUUCAUCAGCGUCUUCAUUCAUACAAGGAGAAGCCAUCGAUUUUGCCAGUGUAAAGACAAGAUUGUCAAACUUGAAAACCGACGUUGAACCCGGAUGGAAUAUCGAUAACGUUGCGACGGAAUUAAAGAAGUAUCAGGGGCGUAUCCCGACGUUCUUUUACUUCAUCAUGGGCAUGUCUUCCAACGACGACUGCAACCAGCAAGUCAUCACGCCCUCUCAAUCCGAUUUUGUGAGAGGAUUGGACAUCACUGGGGCUGCGAAAAAUUCUCUGGAGUGUAUUGUCGGAUCUUCGUCAAAAUUGGAUGAUGCGGCCGUCGAUUUGGACCUGCAUCAGACGCUACUGCGCAAGGAUGCCCAAGAUUGGCUGGGCAUCGUUCAAACAUACCAACCAAGACCACCGAUCGACAUUUCGGCCGCCUACCAAAGUGUCGUCAUCUACUACGACCAGUCCACCUUUGUUACGGACGCUAUUUUUGCUUCCAUGAAAGAUUUCAUCUUGGUGCUCUGGAAGGCGUUGCCGAAGAUCUACAAUGAGCCUCGGUUUAGCUUAUGCCCGCUCACGAACGUCGUUAACCAGUGCAUCGAUGUCUACGACACGAAGACGAUCACAGAUCUGCAGUUAAACCACGGGACCGAAAGCAUCCGUCUCAGCUGCGGUGAUGGCAAAACUUGCGAGCCACUCCCGAAAACACACCUCGGCCCGACUACAACCUCGGUCUUCCUGGCCGCUAGUCCAAUAGUAGACGGAUCUACUCCUGAUUUCAAAAAGUCACUAAAGGGCCCGGGAAAUGUCUUUGCGGUCGAUUUUCUCGGCGCUGGAGCAGCGGAGGCGUACUUGCAGGACAUUGUUAGCGCUCCAAACUACUUGAAGCAGUGGAUAACUGGACAAACUGACGAGGUGGCCAAAUGGGCCUCGGAGGCGAUUACGAAUGACUACAUGCAAGGUCUGUUCACGAAGGAGCUGAGGGGCAAUCCACAAGACAUCGUAUUGAUCAUCGAAGCCAGCGCGGAUGCUACUGCGGAGAUAUUUUACUUGCAAAAGGAUCUGACGCUUCAAUUCAUUCAAACGUAUGGCGGAUCGUCGCUGAACUUUGCGAUCUAUUACCCUAACCUGGCGAACAACUGGACGGCCGACUUUAACCUUGAAGACAAAAGCGCAUGGCUUGACGGGCUCACGUACAACCAGGACCUGGCGAUGCCAUUCGACGCGUUCAGUGCCCGACUCUAUGCCUACGACCACUUGAUCAAACCCGCAGCCGGCUACCGCGGCGGGGCGUACUCGUUUAUCGUCCUGGCGGCCGGAAAUGGUCUACCAGCAGUCCAGCCCUGCAACGUCACGUUCUACUACCAAACCGGUGUUUUCUACUAUUGGCCGAACGGGACGCUCUGGGGAGACUGUGCGACGUCCCGGGAGGCAAUGGCCCAGAUUCUGGAAAGCAAUGAUGUCGCGCAACUCGACGAGACCGUCCAAAUGAUAUUGGCGCGAGCCAACUAUGAAUAUUACUUGGAGCUGCAUGCCGCGCCGGUUCAGCCGAACACCCAAGGCGUUGAUUUGAUCGUUGUGGUGGACGUGAACGAUGAUACAAAGCCAGAAUAUUUGACGGCAGUAUGGAGCUAUUUGGGCGCCCUAACCGGAAAUAUGAACAUCUCGCUCACUGGCUCGUUGGUUGGGACCGUCUUUGCCGCCAGCCAACCCGUUCUUGGAUGGCUACCGCGAGACGCGCAGAACUACGACGAGCUGAAAGCGUUCCUGGCGAACACUACGAUCCCAUACGGGGCUGUGGUCAAUGCGAGGACGAAUCUAAAAGACACCUUGACCUAUGUGCAAAACAAUAUGGCGGCUUGGGGGCGAGCGGACAAGCCCACGGUCAUCCUGGUGAUGCUGGAAACGCAGAGACUGCUCACCGACGACUUACCGUCAGGAAGCUUGAUGAGCGCGUUACGGCAUGACGCGAAUGUAUUCGGGAUGAAUAUGUAUGGGAGCGCAGUAGUAGCAAAUAUCCUACUCGACAUGGUCGAUUACAAUCUGAAAGCCUAUGACGUCAUCCGGAACGAGUACUACAUGUACAACCCGGACGAUACAAAUUCACUGUCGCAGCUUAUGGCGUUUAUCAAUGCAGCUCAGCUUCCGGCUGAUACAACCUGGACCGGGCCUACGCCGGCCACCGGGCCUACUACGACGUCGCUGUCUACCACGACGGGGCCUUCAACGGCCACCGACCCUACAACGAGUGCCGGCUCUACCACAACCACUGAGCCCACAAGCUCGCCGACGACCGCACCUGAAUUCCAGGAGCAACGCUGGUUU